AACAAAUCUUGGUAGUAAAUCUACAAGCUUUGUUAUGGGAAUCCGGAAUCUCAUUAACUCUUUCUAAUUUUUCAAAAUCCUGCAUUCAUUUAUUGUUUUUUGCAGUCACUCCCCUUCUCUCUCUAUUCCCAUUUCAUUUCUCUUUAAUUCUCUCUACACACAAACCCCAACACCCCUUCUCUCUCUCUCUCUUUGGGGUUUCAUUUUCGACUGCUGCAGCCAACCAUUUUCGGUUUCUUUAAAAAGGCCAUCUUUGCAUCCAUAACUAUUGUUGAUGGAUUUCUUCAAACUAAAGAAAUUUAGGAAUGCCCACAAACCAAACGCUGAUAAUGUGACACAAGAUCAGCCGGUGCCCCAACCACAGGAGCCCAAAAACGCUGAUAAUGCGUUGGGUAAGUCAGUCAAUGACGAUUCUACGAAUCCUGAAAUGGAAGACGAUGACGAUGAUUUCAUCACGAAUGAGGUGAAGAGGAGGCUGAAAGAGCUGAGAAGAAACAGCUUCAUGGUAUUGAUACCUGAGGAAACUUGUCAGGCUGAUGAGGAAGAUGAAGAGGAACAAGGGGAAACCAGCUCUAAUGAAUGGAGGGAUGUUGAAGCUGAGGGAAGACAGUUCUGGUCUGGUUUUGAUGCUGUCUAUGAUGUAUACUGCGAACGCAUGUUGUUUUUUGAUCGCUUCAGUUCUCAGCAGCUGCUUGAACUUGGUUGUCAUGUUGUUUCGACACCAUCGCCAAGAUCUGCCUCUAAAAAGCUCGCGUCUCCACUGCGAUGCCUUUCUAUGAGAAAAUUCGAGGUGGAAGAAGACGAAAAUGAGCAUUUGCAGGGGGCAGUCAGUAGUGACCCUUAUCAAGAACUCGAAACUGCAUACGUGGGUCAAAUGUGCUUGACCUGGGAGGCGCUUCAUUGCCAAUACACACAACUGAGACAGAAAAUCUCAUCACAACCCGAAUGUCACUCCUCUUACAACCACAGCGCUCAGCAGUUCCAGCAGUUCCUUGUCCUAUUGCAGAGGUUCAUUGAAAACGAGCCGUUUGAACUCGGCUCUAGGCCAGAGAUAUUCGCUCGCACAAGAAAAUCAUUGCCCAAACUGCUCCAGGUUCCUAAAAUCCAAGCUUAUGAGGAGAAAAGCACAGGGGGGGAGGAAGAGGCAUCAGAGCUAGUGGUUGUUGCGACAGAUUUAAGCAAAAUAAUGGAAAGCUGUAUCUUAAGUUUCCGGCAAUUCAUAAAGAUGGAGAAGAAGAAAACGAGCAGUGUGCGCAACAUAUUUGGAAGCCAGAACCAGAUGGGUACACCGGUUCAACAGAUGCAACAUUCCCUUGAGAAGAAAGCAGUGAAAAUGAAGGAGGUGCAGAAGAAGAGCUAUAAUUAUAAUAAUAAGACGACGAAGAAGAAGAAGAAGAAAAGUUGGCCGACGGCGGAAGAGGAUGUGGAGACGUUGCUUGGGCUUAUCGACGUCAAAGUGUUGUGUAGGGUUCUAAGAAUGGUGAGAAUAAGCAAAGAACAAAUGUUUUGGUGUGAAGAAAAGAUGAAGAAAUUGGUUGUUGAUGGCAAGUUGCUAAGAGACCCUUCACCAAUCCUUUUUCCUUGUUAAUUAAUUAAUCUUUUUUUAUAUAUAUGUAAUGUAUGUAUCUUCCGAUCAUUUAGAUACACACUACAAGACUUUAUUUAUUUAUUCUAGUAACUUCUAAUUAGUGAAAGAAUUCUGAUAUAUAUAUAAUAUAAAAUACCUGUCUUUGUUUCCCCUAGUUAGUUGAAUUUGAGAAAUGUAUUAAAAAGUUUAGUUGUGGACCUGUAAA